AAACUAAUCCAAGCAAAAAUGGCAGAUCAAACAGAGGCCAGAGACGUGACCAUGUUCACGCCUCCAAUCGUGCGCUCAGCAGCCACGACGCUAAAUAAGGCCCUCUUUACAAAAAAGUUCAACCUAGCUGCCGCGUCAGUGAGGGAAGCCACCAAGAUCUCGUUGUACCGCAAGGCACUCGAGAAGACUGGCGAUGCCCUGCAUGUGGAGAGAGUCUCAGUUGUGCGGAAUGAUCCGGGUCAGAAUCCUGCCACAAAGGGGAGGAAGUGUAUUCUACUGAGGCCUGGGAUUGAGGCCGCGGUACCGGAAACAUGGGGAAGUGUUGUCAGUGAAGGCGUCAAGAAGGAUGACUUGGCUGUCAUUCCUUACGAACUCACCCUGGACUAUGAUCAUUGGAAUGCUCACGAAAUCCUCAGCUCAUUUCUCCCUGAAGAAUUUGCAGACGACAUACAGUCAUCCUUCAACUUUGCCGGUCAUGUGGCCCACCUCAACCUCCGCGACCAGUUUCUCCCCUACAAGCAGGUAAUUGGACAGGUGCUCUGCGACAAGAACCCAGCCGUCCGCACCGUCAUCAACAAGACGAGAAACGUUGGCGACACGUCCGAAUUCCGCACAUUCGCCUACGAGGUUCUUGCUGGACCCGACGACCUAAACAUCGUAGUCCGCGAGAACAACUGCGUCUUCAAGCUGGACUAUUCCAAGGUGUACUGGAACACCAAGCUGGAGCCUGAGCACACUAGAAUGAUCAAGGAAUUCCAACCCGGCGAGGUGGUGGCUGACGCCAUGGCUGGCAUUGGACCUUUUGCCGUGCCGGCCGGGAAGAAGGGCGUCUUUGUCUGGGCCAACGACAAGAACCCAGAGAGCUACAAGUACUUGCAAGAAGCCAUCAAGACGAACAAGGUUGCACCCUUCGUCCGUGCCUACAAUGAGGACGCCCUGCAGUUCAUUCGUGGCGCGGCAGACUCGGUACUGGCCGCUCAUGCAGCCGGCCAAGGCGUCACACUCCCUGGUCCCAAAGUGAAACGCAACGACAGCGACUCUGCCGCAGCGGUCAAGUCGCAACAAGGGCCGGCCCCCAACACCAGAGUCUUGGUCCCGCCGACGAUAUCGCACUACGUCAUGAACCUCCCGGCGUCAGCGAUAUCCUUCCUCCCAGCAUACCGCGGCCUAUACCACGGCCACGAGAAACUUUUUGCACCCCAUACCAGCACCCGCCUGCCCCUGAUUCACGCUUAUUGCUUUGACAUCAAGAGCGACACGGACGAGCCGAAGCAUUCUGUCGUGCAGAGGGUUGUCGCGGAGCUGGGCGUCGAGAUGAAGCUUGGAGAUCGGGAUGGGGACAAUGAGGUUGAAGUCCUUCACGUGCGUGAGGUUGCGCCUAACAAGACCAUGUACCGAGCCACCUUUAGGCUGCCGCGGGAGGUUGCGUUUGCAAAGAGGGAAUAA